AUGCGUUUCUCUGCAUCCGUAAUUCUUGCUGCCGCUGCCGCAACCACAGCCUCUGCCCAGGCAGUCGUUGGUAAGGCUUACGGUUUCGCUGCUGGUGUUACCGGUGGUGGAAACACGGCUGCUGCUACUCCGUCUUCCGCCGAGGAACUCGCCGAGUGGUUGUCCGACGACACUCCCCGCACGAUCGUUAUCGACAAGGAGUACGACUUCACCGGCAAGUCUGCCACCGGAGAGGGAUGUGACCGCAAGAGCUGCAGCGCCGCCAACGGUGGUCAGCUGUAUCUCGGAGACCUCUCCUGCGGAAGUUCUGACAACACAGUUGCUACUGUAACCUACGAUGUCGCCGGCACCGAGCCUUUGAUUGUCGGCAGCAACAAGAGUAUUCUUGGCGUGGGUGGAAAGGGUGUCCUCAACGGAAAGGGGCUUCGUAUCAAGGCUGACGCCAAGAACGUCAUUGUUCAAGGCCUUGAGAUCACCAACCUGAACCCCGGCGUUGUCUGGGGAGGUGACGCUCUUGACCUUCAGGGUGGUAACGAUGGUGUCUGGAUUGACCACUGCAAGUUCUCCCUGGUUGGUCGUCAGUUCAUCGUCAGCCACUACGACGGCUCCCGCGCGACCAUCUCCAACAACGAGUUCGAUGGUGUUACUGAGACUUCCGCCUCCUGCAAUGGCAAUCAUUACUGGACCAUGAUGCUCAACGGUGACGGUGACCAGAUCACUCUCGACAAGAACUAUUUCCACGACGUCUCUGGUCGCGCCCCUAAGCUUGGCGAUGGCGGUACCUUCCAAGCCACCAACAACCUGUUCAGCAACAUGAAGGGCCACACCUUCGAGCUAUACUCUGGCACUGUUGCUCUUAUCGAGGGCAAUGCUUUCGAGGCCGUCGACACCCCUUACAACGGCGAGGCAUUUUCCAACAGCUUCAAUGUUCCUGACGCCUCUGCCGCUAGCGCCUGUCAGUCUCAGAUCGGUCGUGCUUGUGCCGUCAACAGCAUCGACUCCCGCAGCGGGGACUUCAAGGCCUUGUCAGGAACAAGCGCUCUGUCAGCCUUCUCUAAACUCACCGAAUACCUUGUGGAACCCGUCGCUGCCACCGGCGUUUCCAGACUCGUCAAGGGCAGUGCUGGUCCCUCUAACCUCGACUCCAGCUCUGCCGCAACCCCCACCAUAGCCACUGAUGCCGAAGAGACCACGGCCGAAGGCGAUGCCACUGCUGAGGAGGAGCCCGCUAUUGUUGAAGAGCCCACCGCCGUGGAAGAGCCUGAUGCCAAAAAUCCCUCGGCUGAUGACAACACCACUUCUUCCAGCGAGACUGCUCAGCAAUGGGGCCAAUGUGGAGGCAACAACUGGACUGGCCCUACUGCCUGCGCCUCCGGUACAUCUUGCGUUGUCCAGAACGAGUGGUACUCACAGUGCCUCAGCUCUGCCGCUAGACGCACCAUGAAGUCGCUACGUCGCUCUUAG